CUCUCAUUACGUCCCUUAAUUAGAAGCAGACUAGACACAACAAAAGAAGCAGGAUUCAUACAACAUGUACAAUGUUAUUUAAAAUGUACUGUUACUUUUCUGACUAAAAACUCAGAGACAAUUUCAUAUAUUGGAAUAAAUUAGAAUUGAUGGUUCAUUGAAGAAAUUCGGCGAUUCGGCAAUGAUGAACAGAAUGAAAGCAGUAUUUAUAGACCAUAUGAUAUUGUCGUAAUCAGUGCUAGUGACAGAUUCAAAGAAAGGGGCAAAGAGUAUGUUGAGAUAAUGAAACUUACCAGAUAUUAGUCCACCCUUGUGAUUGAACCAAUGAAUGGGACUAACAAUAGUACAGAUACAGACACAAGUGAUGGUUUAACUGGUGGCAGUCUGUUCUUAGUUGUUCUCUCUGCUACCUCGGCCUGGUGUGUGUUCAUCAUGUGUAUUGUUUGUUGCUCAGAAUACCGUGGUUACCAAAGAAGAGGAAGAGGUCGUAAUUACAAUGCCAGAAGAAAUGCUGCUCCAGUUGAAAAUAAAUCAUAUACAGAAAGAAAAGAAGAAUUAUCAAUGGGUGUGGCAGCAUUGUCUAACAUUCAACAAGAACUGUCAACAAUUUCACCUUCAGAUGAAGUGACAGAUUCAUCAAUAGAAAGAAAAGACGACAAGACAGACAUAUUUCAUGAUCAAAAUGACUUCCAAGAGAAUAAUUGUACUCUUGAUUUUCCCACUCCUAAAAAUAGAAAAACAAUACUUCCUCCUAUAAAUGUUGGGACCAUUAUAAAUGUGGAGAGUAGAUGUCAUUCAGAUACAAACUCACCCUCCAAGGAAAUGCUGCUGGAAAUUUCACCCAAAAAACACAAAAACUCACAGAUGACGCCUGUGAUUGUUCAUUCUUAAAGCUUAGUUUGUGAUAAUUUAAGUCAUAGAAUUAGGCAAUAUUAUUUUUAUAGAGAUAUUUUUACACAAAUUAGUGAUUCAUUUUGCUUGAUAAGUUUUUGCUCUUUUAUAACUACUUCUAGGUUGCCUCCCCUUAUAAUUACUUCUUAUUAAUUAAGUCUUCACAAAUUAGUGAUUUAUUUUGCUUUGAUUAUCUAUCUUAAGAUAGGUUACCUCCCCUUGAUUAUAACUGCUCAAGAUGGGUUACGUCCCUUACCAUGCUUUAUCUUUUGUUCCUACUUUAAAUAUAGAAUUUCUAUGAAUAUGAAGAAAGGAAAUUUUUUUAAAUUAUUUUUUUAAAAUGUUUGGUGCUUAUUAAUAUUGCAAUAAUCAAAAUACAAAUGACAUUGUUUAAUUUUUUAUAAUUGAUGUUGGAGGGAAACUAACUGUCAAAUUCAUGUUAACAUAUUUGACUAAAAUUCUCAUAUUAGAUUUAUAACAAUGUAAAACAUUUAUCCAAAUUAUAAAAUGUCUAGAAUAAACUAUUUACAGGGCAUUGGCUCAAUAAUAUGUAGCUUCGUUUCCUGUGUAUUAAAUUGUGGUCUAGACGCCAUCUAGUUAACUAUGGAAAUGACCUGAAAACAUCUGACAGUCACAUAACCUGUUAUAAACAUAAACAUCAAUUUAGAUAGGUAAAUGGACCUUGUGCAAAUGGAUUUUUCUAGGAAUGUUUGAUUUCAAUCUUAAGGUUAAAAAAAUAAGUUAAUUUUGAUUUUACCAGUACAAAUGAUUUUCUGUGGAUGUCAUAUGAUUUACACAUGUUUCACUUUCAAUGUUGACAUUCUUUUCUUUAAAUAGCCUUGAAAGCAUCAAUCAUGCAUUAUCCAUCUCUAGCUAAGGGGUUAAAUUGAAGUUCACAUGAAUACGGAUUCAAUGAGGUCGAUUUGAAAUGACUCCAUCGUUAAACAUCAGUUAUUUUCCUUUUGCAAUACCAAAUUUCUAUCAGUUCCAGCUGACAACCACUGGAUGUUACCCUGUACAAUAUUUUAGUAUCAAAGACGCUUUACAAACUACAUUUCUUAAUAGUCAUAAAUAAAUUAUUUUUUUGUUUUCUAAAAAUAUAUGUAAGUCCUGAUGAAAUCCUAUGAAAAAACAAAGAAGUGUUGCUGCAAAAAAAACUAGAACCCUGAAUAUGACUUUGCUCCAAUUGAUAAAGAUUUAUAUUUUUAACUUUAUUUGGAAGCUAAGUUAUAUUAUUUUGACAAAUACUUCCAAUUUUUCAUAAAUUAUCAAUGAAAAAUUAUGAAAGAAAAAUUAACCUUGAAAAACUGCUUGUGAAAAUUUGCUCAAGAAAGAAUGGUGUAAUUGUGUAGAUAUUUUUUUCUCUCAUUAAACUAUCAUUUUACCUGCAUUUUAACACAAAAAUUCUCUAAUCUGUGACUCAAGAGAAAAUAGGGUUAAGCAGAUAAUUUUAAAGAAUAUUCACUAUGUAAAUCUUUCUAAAAAGUUGAAAAUCAAAACACAAAGUAUCUGUGAUAAUCCUUAAAAUAACAUAAACAUUGAAUUACAUUGAAAUACUACGUUUUGCUAUAUAUGUGUACAGGUUUUAAAAUAUAAGUUAUAUAAAAUUAAUUUUCUAGUUGUGGAUUACCUGAAUAAGGAGAUGUGGUAUGAUUGUCCAUUAGACAACUAUCCACCAUAGACCCAAUGAUAUUAAUGUUAAUGUUAGCAAUUAUAUGUGUUUUUCAAGUCACAAUAACUUGUUUCACAGUCCACCAUAUAUAAAUAUGUUUAAAACUAGGUGUUGUCAGUUUGAUUGACUAAAAUUUUAUGAUUGAUAUUUACAUGAAUAACCCAUGUUUCCAGAGUAAAUAAUAAUGUCUUUAUAUUUAUUUUAUCAAUUAUUGUACUUUCAUAAUCAUAAAUUAGCAACCUCCUUAGAACAUGGUUACAAUGUUAUAUGUCUGGCUUUUUUUCCCCCCAAACUGAGAAAGGAAAUUGUAAACAAAUUAUUUCAACCUACAUCAGAGACCUACUGCAAAACCAUAUGUAUGUGCAAUAAUUUUCUUUAAUUGACCAUUAUACAUAUUAUCAUCAAUUCAUGAUUAUAGCACCAAAUAUAUUUAGAUCCAAAUUUGUAUGUAUUUGAAUUUUUAUUAUGCUAUCAUUUAUAGUAUAUAUAACAUUAUAGGUAACUGUUGGUUGUAAGAAUCUUUAAGUUUUAUAGAUCAAAAGUAUAGUUGUAUUGGGUAAAAUUGAAAGACAGAAUUAAAUAUAAUAUUGUUUUUUAGAAAAAGACAAAGUGGAAUGUUAUUUUUAAAAGUUGGUAUUGAUAUAUGAAGAGAAUUAGAUAUUGACCCUAACUAUGGUAGGUUCUCUUCAAUAAUGCACAAUGCAUUCCAUUUUUGUUUUGGUUAAUUUCAACAUAAAGAAAAAGAUGCAUGUAAAUAGCUGUAUAAAAUAUUUUUUGUAGUUAUCACCUUUUAUUUUAUUUUUAUGCCCCACCUACGAUAGUAGAGAGGCAUUAUGUUGUCUGGUCUGCGUCCUUCCUCCGUUCAUCCGUCCGUUCUUCCGUCUGUUUGUCCGUCUGUCCCUAUUCAGGUUAAAGUUUUCGGUCAAGGUAGUUUUUGAUGAAGUUGAAGUCCAAUCAACUUCAAACUUAGUACACAUGUUCCCUAUGAUAUGAUCUUUCUAAUUUUAAUGCCAAAUUAGAGUUUUUAUCCCAAUGUCACGGUCCACUGAACAUAGAAAAUGAAAGUGCGAGUGGGGCAUUCGUGUACUGAGGACACAUUCUUGUUUUAGUUUCACAGUAAGUGCAACAUUUAGUGUUUAAAUACUGUUUGAUGUGCACUUGACUGAUCAGUGAAUCAGUUCUUCACCAA